CAUGUCACCAUCUGUGGCACAAUCCUUCUCUGUCACUCUCCCUGCCACCCCCUCCUUCCCCUCCCUCCUCCCCUGCGCGCUCUCCCUGCAUCUCUCUGCAUCCCUCCCUCUCGGCCCUUCUCUUGCUCUUUCCUCCUCUUUCUCUCCUCCUGUCAGGCAUUUCUCAUCACUCCCCCUCAUUCUGGCUUUCCACCUACUCGCCGUCUUCUCUCUGUCUCUCCCUCUCUCUCCACCUCCGACCCACCCCUCUUUCCCCUCUAUUCCUAUUGGUUUCUUAGAGUCCCCUGUUCCCCAUUUCUCUUCUUUUCCUUGGGAGCCUUCUCCCUCCAUCCCCGCUCCCAGGCUCCCGCUUGCAGACCCUCCAUUCCUGUCCCUGCCUCCCCCCCAUCCCCACCAGGACGUGUCCUGGAGAUGGGGGGUGACGCACCAGGCGCCGGUGGGAAGUCAGGGCCAGAGACCAGAUGGGAGCGGCUCUGUGGGCAGAUGUGGCUGCCACGGGCCUAGGAAGGGGCCCGGUCCCGUGAGCAGUCUAGAAGUGGGCAUUGUGUGGGGAACCCGGCCAGGGGGUGCACGGGCACACCCAGGGACUGGGCAGGGAGAGAGGGCAGCAGAAUGAUAGCCGGCCUGGCAGCAAGGAAGGGAGCCCUCACCCUGUGGGCAGGCCAGUAGCUGACUGCUGACCGCCAUCCCCCGGCCAUGGACACCCCUGGUUAUCCUUCCCUGGUGCCCACAACCUCGGAACCCGGGAACGCCUCCUCGGCCUGGUCUCUGGAUGCUGUCCUUGGAAACGGGUCCUCGGCGCCGAGUGCGGCCGGGCUGGCUGUCCGUGGCAUUCUGAUUCCCCUGGUCUACCUGGUGGUGUGUGUGGUGGGCCUGCUGGGCAACUCACUGGUCAUCUACGUGGUCCUGCGGCAGACGGCCAGCCCGUCCGUCACCAGCAUCUACAUCCUCAACCUGGCGCUGGCCGAUGAGCUCUUCAUGCUGGGGCUGCCCUUCCUGGCCGCCCAGAACGCCCUGUCCUACUGGCCCUUCGGCUCCCUCAUGUGCCGCCUGGUCAUGGCCGUGGACGGCAUCAACCAGUUCACCAGCAUCUUCUGCCUCACCGUCAUGAGCGUGGACCGCUACCUGGCGGUGGUGCAUCCCACCCGCUCAGCCCGCUGGCGCACGGCGCCCGUGGCCCGCAUGGUCAGUGCGGCCGUCUGGGUGGCCUCAGCCGUGGUGGUGCUGCCCGUGGUGGUCUUCUCCGGGGUGCCCCGUGGCAUGAGCACCUGCCACAUGCAGUGGCCCGAGCCGGCAGCAGCCUGGCGGGCCGGCUUUAUCAUCUACACGGCUGCGCUGGGCUUCUUUGGGCCGCUGCUGGUCAUCUGCCUCUGCUACCUGCUCAUCGUGGUCAAGGUGCGCUCAGCUGGGCGGCGGGUGCGGGCACCCUCGUGCCAGCGGCGGCGGCCGUCUGAGCGCAGGGUCACGCGCAUGGUGGUGGCCGUGGUGGCGCUCUUCGUCCUCUGCUGGAUGCCCUUCUAUGUGCUCAACAUCAUCAAUGUGGUGUGCCCUCUGCCCGAGGAGCCUGCCUUCUUCGGCCUCUACUUCCUGGUGGUGGCACUGCCCUAUGCCAACAGCUGCGCCAACCCCAUCCUCUAUGGCUUUCUCUCCUACCGCUUCAAGCAGGGCUUCCGCAGGGUCCUGCUGCGGCCCUCCCGCCGCGUGCGCAACCAGGAGCCUCCCGUGGGCCCUCCAGAGAAGACGGAGGAGGAGGAAGAGGACGGAGGGGAGCAUGAGAAGGGGGGGGCAGGGAACCAGGGGGAACGGAAAGAGAUGAAUGGCCGUGUCAUCCAGAUCACACAGCCUGGUCCCAGCGGGCAGGAGAGGCCACCCAGUGGCACUGCCACCAAGGAGCAUCAGUUCCUACCCCAAGAACCCUCGGCUGGGGACAAGUCAGGCCCACUGCACAUCAGCUAUCUCUAGGAGCCUGCGGAGGGCCGGGGUCACCUGAAGACAGGGCAAAGACUGCGGGUGCACAUAGAGCAUGCCACCCGAGGCGCCAGGGGCCCAUGAUAGGAUGUUUGGAGGCCUGGGCUCUGAUCCCCUUGCUGCUGAGACUUGCUGUGUGAGCUCAGAUAGGUCACUUCCCCUCUCUGGGCCUCGUGUUUUCCUCUAUGACUCAGGGAUAGGGGGUAUCUGCCUAGAUGAGCUUCUCAGCUGAGAAAUCUGGAGGGGCAUCGCUGCUGGGCUGAUCUUUCUGGGUGGAGCUGGUUAAGGGGGCAGGUGCCAACCGGCCUUCCCCUUCCAAGACAGAGCCUCCUGGUGGAUCAGCCUGAAUCUUGGGCCUCAAAGGGAUAAACCAAGGCCUGGAUUUCCUGGGCUCAGACUCAGGUUCACAAAAGAGGGAGUUGGGGCGCACAUUGGCAGGGAGCUGUAGGGUAGCCCCCCAGGAGAAAGUCUUACCUGGUGGGGAGGAGGGGUGCAAGACUGCCCAGGCCCCACGUCAGCUCUCCCCCGUCUUGCUGCAAGGCCAUGGCCCAGCUCUUCUCCUUUCUGGACCUCAGGCCUCACCUCCCGAACAACCCAAUAACCUCCAGGCUCUCUUGGCCCCGGUGGUCAGUGCCAGGACUCCUGUGUUUCUGGACAGCAGGAGAAAAGGUGGAUUUUCCAGGGAGCUAAUUAAGUCCAGCUUCAGGGUCCCUGAUGACUGGGGCCCUUCUGAGGCCUGGAGUCUAAUUUUGUACUUGUCAUUUUGUGUUCUUUUUCUUAAAGAGGGACGCCCCCCCCAGGAGUUCCCACUGUGGCUCGGUGGGUUAAGAACCUGACUAGUAUCUGCUGAUGAUGCAGGUUUGAUCCCUGGCCCUGCUCAGUAGGUUCAGGAUCCGUGAGCUGCAGCUUAGGUCACAGAUGUGGCUUGGAUCUGGCAUUGCUGCGGCUGUGGUGUAGGCUGGAGGCUACAGCUUCAAUUUGACCCCUAGCCUUGGAACCUCCAUGUGCCACGGGUGCAGCCCUAAAACGACCAAAAAACAAAAAACAAAAGACAACAAAAAAAAGAGGGACCCCCCCCCAGUUGCAUAAGCCUAGCUCAGACUCUGUUGGGGACAGCUACCCAGUCUUCACAGCAGCUCACUUUGUGUCCUGUGGCUGUGGGGGUCCCUGGGUCCUCGAGGGCUGGGAGCCUCCUCACCAGAGAAACCCUCCCUGCUCCACCUGAGUGACUGAGACAGGAACUUGGCCCAGGCAGACCAAGCAGGGCAAAGCCGAGUGUCUCCGCAGGGCUGAGAGGAGAAGGCAGAUGAGGAGGAGGGAGAGGAAGGGGGAAGGAGAGAAGACGAGGAAGGGGGGAGAGAAGGGAGAAGGAAGAGGACGAGGCGGAAGGCAGAUCUGUUCCCUGACCUUGGAGCUGGCCUUGGUCCCUCUGGGCCUAGCCCAAUUGCAACAUCAAUGAAACCGGGGUUGCCGGUGCCUGUCCUGAUCAGACGCAAGGAAAGGAUGCCAUCAGGUGGAGAAGCGAAGGCUCCGAAAGCUUUGAAGCCAGGCCCCCUUGAGGGCCGGCAGUGCUGGCAAGAAGGGCCUUGAUGGAAGCCUGGGGGCGGAGCUGAGAAGCAGGGCCUGACUCCCCAGAGAGGGUGGGAGGAGUGGAGCCACCUUGGCAGGAAGCAGGCCUGCUUGUCCUCUGCCUGCCCCAGAGGAAGGUCGGGAAGGCCCAAGGAAGACCAGACUAGAGGAGGCUGGAGGGACGCCAGAGGGAGAGGUCAUGGUCCAAGGUGAGGCCUGGGUGGCCUGGACUUCUCCCAGAGAUGACCCCUUAGAGCCAUGGUGAGACUGGUCCUGGGGAAGGUGGUACUUCUGGCUAAAGCCUCCAACCCCGGACCCCACAGAGGGUAGGGGGUCCUCAGGAAAGGGAUGUGAACCUCAGGUUGGGAGACCUAGACCUUCAACUCACCUCCGGAUCCUGUCCAGCCUUGACCUCACCAAGCCUCAGGUUCCCCAUCAUAAAGUGGAAGGGGUUGUCCCAGCCUGCCUGGCCCCUGGGAUUUGGGAAGAAGAUGAGUCAUUUGAGGUGAACUGCCAUGUGCACUGCAGGGGGGGACUGAUCAUAAAGUGGAGCUGGCCCCCUGCCAGGCUGGGCCUCGACCUCCUUCUCCUUCAUCAAGCCACCUCUCUGUCUCCGGCCCUUGGGGGUGAGGACACUAUGGGACAUGAGGAAGGGGGAGUUGGGGGUCAGAGACCAACUCAGGGAGGCAGGGCUUAGGGGAGACCAAAACCCCCUUCAGGGAAAAGGAAGUUUAUCAAACCAGAGCUUGUGUGGAGGUUGGAGGCUGGAAGUCUCUACCUUGGUCCGGGGUUGCCCUGAGGAGGAUCUGGGGCUCUGAGGGAAGAGGGUCCCUGCCAUUCCGGCAUGCCCUGACUUCCUGGCCAGCCCUGCCUUCCUGACUCCUGGGGCAAGGGAGCCUGUUCUACAAGGGUGGCUGGGAGGCCCCUUCUUUACAGAAAUCUGACUCUAGGUCUUGCCAAUAAAGAUGGUGACACAUGACAACAGGCUGAGGUCCAUGCGUCUGCCCAGCGCUGUGUUUUUAGAUCGGUGUGCGUGGGUGGGGGCAUGUAGGAGCAUCCUCCUCUGUCAGGAUGCUUCUUCUAUCCUGCCCAGGCCCCCUUGUGUACAGCCUCCCAGAGUCGUGGUCCCAGGAGUCAGGGAAGAUGCUCCUGACAAGCCUUACCCUGCAUCCUUGCUGAUGGUGAUCCAAAAGCAGUAGAAAGAUUCUCUUCUUGUGUCCAAAUAUCAGAUCUCAUGGAAGAGAGCUGAUUGGCCCCAACUGGGUCACAUGGUGGUCCCUUGAGCCAAUCACCAAAGACCGGUUGAUAGAAUGCUGUGAUUGGCCAGGUAUGGGUCUGGUGCUCAUUUUUUCAGCCAAAGAGAAGGUGGGACACUGUGAUGGACAGUUUGGCCUGACCAGUGAGGUAGGGGUUGGGUCAGGGACAGAGUAUCAAUGGCAAGGACAGAUGAGCCAGGCAGCAACAAUAGUGGAAUGAGGGAGGGCAUGUAAACACAGUGCAGGACACAUAGUAGGUGCUCAGGGCAUCUCAACCAUAUCCAUGAGUGAAUGUGUAUUGGGGUGUGACACCAAGUGUCUGCCACCUCUGUGGCAGGUGUGCACAGGGUGGGAGCAGAGGAACUGUUGGCAUACAAGGUUGCAUGGGAGUAGGGCCUGGGUCAGGGUCCCCUCUCUGGAUCCCACAGCCCUUCAGGUUGUGUCAUGCUCAUGUGCAUGCCUGGGGGCGGGGGUAGUGUCCUGUUAGCUUUGUCGCUCACGGAAGGGACAGUGCCUCAGGCAUCCGUGUUCCCAGGGCUUGGCAGGGCUAUAGGCCCUUCAUAUGACUAUUUGGAAUAAAUGAAUGAAUGGGGGAAAUUCCAUUUCAUAAUUUCAGGGGGAAACUUUCACGCCGUGACUCUAGACUUUGGAUUUUUUUUGCAGUGUGGUGACCUUGAAUGAAUGCGGGGAGGAUCGGGGACGGAAGGAGCUAUAUGGGAGUUGGGGGCUGGCAUCUGUGGGUUAUGGGAACCACAAGGAGUGUGGGCCAAGGGGAGGUUCUGGGGCUGUGCGCCUGAGAAGGCAGGAAGGAGUGGUGAUGUCUCUCCUGCCUGAUUCCUUCUCCAGACAUCCAAGUUGCUCAGCCCCAAGACCUUACCUUGAACUUGUCUCUCAGAGGCUGUUGCCAGGCAACAGCCCAUGGCCACCAGGCUCUGGACCAGGACUUCAUGCGUCAACAUCAGUACCAGCGGAAGGAGCAGGGAGUCUGCAGGGCCUGGGGUAGGGGAGGCCAAGGCCCCAGGACUUCAGGCCCUCCUCACCUCCAAGGGGUAAGGGAGACAGAGGCCACUGUCCCUUGGGGAAGGGGACAGCCUGAGUUCCUUAGAACUCCAGACACAGAAGAAAGAACUCUCAGGGUGGCAAGAACUCCGGGCUGUCAUGUGAGGGGGUCUCUCUGGAGCUGUGCAAGGCCUCAGGGUGCUGGCCUGUCCCUGGCAGGCCCUGGGGAGACUCUUGGUGUGUCUAGUGAAUGGCCGUGGGGCAAGAAUGUCCCCUAAGUGUCAUGAGACCCAAAGUUAGGAGGCCUGGGACGUAGGCCCACUCUGCCACCAACCUACUGCGCAGCCUUGACCAUUCGCUUGACUGGUUUGGGCAAAGAUCUUGAAGUUAGCAAAGAUUUUCUGCACACUCACUGGGUUCCAGGUGCUGACACUGGGUUGGGAGGCCAGUAGAGGGAAACAGACAUAAUUUCUAUGCUCGUGGGGUCACGGGCAGCCACACAAGUACAUGUACCCCUAUCCGUGGGGGCAGCUGUGCAGUGUGCUCUGGGGACGCCCAACUGGGCAAAGGGGCCGUGGCGGGGGCAGCACUGAGAGCAGCAGGUGAGUGUAUGUGCUAAGGCCCUGGGGUGGGAGGAAGGCAGUGGAUGAAAGGGAGAAAGGCAGAGAUGAGCACCAACCGGGGGGCAGAAGCUGCAUCAGACAGGACCUCCUAAGAGGUUAAUUCCUGUUGUGUCCCCUUCUCAAUUUCCUAUGUUGGCGUCCCCAUCCCCAGUACCAUGGAGGUGACCUUAUCUGGCACUAGGAUCCCUGCAGUCAGAAGUAGUUACAAUAAGGGGGUUCCCAUUGUGGCUCAGUGGUAAUGAACCCGACUAAUAUCCAUGAGGACGCUGGUUCAAUGCCUGGCCUUGGUCGGUGGAUUAAGGACCUGGCUGCGUUGC